CGGUUUGUAAUACACGCACGACGAAGCCGGGACGGUCGGGAUUUAAAAUUUGUGAACAGCUGGAAGUCGCGUUUAGUCUGCAUGCAACGGUUGUUCGUGGAUCUCGGAGUCAAUUUGUGAACUAUAAAUUGCGAAUUCUAAUUGAACAGUGCGACGGUGGUGGCGAAUUUUAAUACUGCUCGAUGCCACACUCCGCAGGGAAUGUGUCUCGGAUAACGUGACCGAAUGAAGCAUAGCAUCUUCCUGAGGAUCAUCAAUCGGGGCAAACAAGUGGUUUCGCGCCGGUACUUGAGCCUGACGACGAUGGCGAAAAGCAAAUUCGAAUACGUAAAGGACUUUGAGCGGGACGACAACUGCUUACCAAACUGCUGGAUCGUAAUUAGGAUAGACGGCAGGAAUUUCUCCAAAUUCUGCGAGACACAUCAGUUCGUCAAACCAAACGAUGGGGUUGCCCUGGAGCUGAUGAACCGUGCCGCGAUCACCGUUAUGGAAGAUUUUAAAGAGAUUAUAUUGGGUUUUGGUCAGAGCGACGAGUACUCAUUCGUCUUCCGAAAAGACACACAGCUCUAUAAACGCAGAGCGUCCAAACUGUUGUCAAAUGUAAAUUCAUUAUUCGCUUCUGCAUACGUUUAUCAUUGGCCACGCCUCUUCAAAGCCAAAGAGUUGUAUUAUCCACCUUCAUUUGACGCUCGUGUUAUAUUAUAUCCAACAGAUAAAAAUUUAAGGGAUUACCUAGCUUGGCGCCAAGCUGAUGUACAUGUUAAUAAUUUGUACAAUACUUGUUUUUGGAAUCUUAUUUUGAAAGGAAAAUUAACUUCAAAUCAGGCGGAAGAAAAGCUUAGAGGUACUCUGGCAUCGCACAAAAAUGAGUUACUUUUCCAAGAAUUUGGUAUAAAUUAUAAUAACGAACCACUAUUGUUUCGGAAGGGUACAACGCUUAUUCGAAAAUUAGUACCUGACGGUACAGGAAGAUUGAAGUCUGCCGUGGUUGCCUUGAUAGACGAUAUUAUCGGUGAUCGCUUUUGGAAAGAGAAUCCCGAAGUAAUUGGUUUGAAAAGCUUAGCGACCUAUCAACCACCAAACCUGGCGAAUAGCGUUAAAAAUACAAUGUCUGCACCUACACCUCCUUCGCCCACCACGAUAAAACACGGGAACAAUGUCCCACCAUCUUCACAAGUGAUUAAUAUGAAUUCGAUAAAAGAAGAAGUACAUCCCAACAGAAAUAGAGAGACGGAUGGAGAUCGAAUGCAAUGUGAAAAUGAGCGCAUUUUAAGAUAUAUUGUGUUGUGAUUUUCCUAAAAGAAAAGGUUUUGCAAACGGAUGGAAGACUGCUGCAGAGAUGGGUUUCCUUUUCAUUCUUGGGAAACAAUUAUUAUAUUUCUAAAUGUAAGAUAUAUAUAAGAUAUAUAUUUGAAAAGUAGAUAUAAAUAUGAGCUGCCAAACGAAUUCAUUGCUGAAUUCAAUCACGAAUUUAAACAAUGUGACAUAACCUCAUGGAAUGUAUCUAUAAAAAUAUGUAAAACUAUCUUGUUAGAAGACGAUUCAAAGUAGCUUUUAGACCAAAAAUAAAUUUAUUAGUAUAAUAGUUUUUUUUUUAACUCUAGCCUAGUGAUGAAAAGAUUAUGACAAUAUGCGUACACAUGAUGGAUAGUGAAAUCAAAUAAUGCAUUAUGCGACAAUUGUUAAUCAUACAGAAUACAAUAUAUUUUUAUUACUUUAUAUUACAUUGUGAAAUAUAUCAAUAAUUACAACAUAAUAACAUAUGGAUAAUAUGUGAAACUGAUUUACAUUGACGAUUACAAUAAAAUACACUAUGUACACACACAGA